GUGCGGAGCGAGCGCCUCAAAUGCUCGGGUUUCUCAGCUGAUUGUCUCCAGCCGAGAGUUGUUUUUUGCAGCUACGGAGCCGAGCCGCUGCCGGAGCCGAGACCCCCGGGGGAGGGGUGGGGGAAAGAGGAGGCGGGGUCGGGGGGAGCCGCGGCUGCUCUGCGCGGGACUCCGGGUCCCGUCACGGCGCUUCCUGGGGUUAGAGGUUGGGGUGGGUGGGGGGUAAGGGGGCAGUCCUUCUCCCCCUCGACGGCGGCUCCGAGUCCAGCCCCUUCCUUCCCGCGCUCGCUCGCCCGACCCUCAGCCCCUUGAUGAGGGUGUCCGUGCCGGGCCCGGCGGCCACUGCCGCCCCCGCGGCCGGCCGCGAGCCCUCCACGCCCGACGGCGGCGGCGGAGGAGGCGGAGGAGCCGUAGCUGCCGCCUCAGGCGCCGCGGUGCCGGGCUCCGUGCAGUUGGCGCUGAGCGUCCUGCACGCCCUGCUCUACGCCGCGCUUUUUGCCUUUGCUUACCUGCAGCUGUGGCGGCUGCUCCUGUACCGGGAGCGGCGGCUGAGUUACCAGAGCCUCUGCCUCUUCCUCUGUCUCCUGUGGGCAGCGCUCAGGACCACCCUCUUCUCCGCCGCCUUCUCGCUCAGCGGCUCCCUGCCCUUGCUCCGGCCGCCCGCUCACCUGCACUUCUUCCCCCACUGGCUGCUCUACUGCUUCCCCUCCUGUCUCCAGUUCUCCACGCUCUGUCUCCUCAACCUCUACCUGGCGGAGGUUAUAUGUAAAGUCAGAUGUGCCACUGAACUUGACAAACACAAAAUUCUACUGCAUUUGGGCUUUAUAUUGGCAAGCCUUGUCUUUUUAGUGGUGAACUUGACUUGUGCAAUGCUAGUUCAUGGAGAUGUCCCAGAAAAUCAGUUGAAAUGGACUGUGUUUGUUCGAGCAUUAAUUAAUGAUAGCCUGUUUAUUCUUUGUGCCAUCUGUUUAGUUAGUUACAUAUGCAAAAUUGCAAAAAUGUCGUCAGCAAAUGUCUACCUCGAAUCAAAGGCUGGAGUUCUGUGGCACCAUCUCGGAUCCCUGCAGCCUCGACCUCCUGGGCUCAAGCAGUCCUCCCACUUCAGUCUCCAAGUAGCUGGUACCACAGGCAUGCACUACCACACGUGGCUAAUCUUUGUACUUUUUGUAGAGAUAAUGUUUCACUGUGUCACUCAGGCUGGUCUCAAACUCCUGAACUCAAGCAGUCUGCCCACCUCGCCCUUCCAAAGGGCUGGGAUUACAGGCAUGAGCCAUGAGCACUUUUUUGUAUUCUUAUUUGCCAUUCGUAUGUCCUCUUUUUACAAUUAUCUAUUCAAAGCUUUUGAGCAUUUUUUUUUAUUUUUUUGAGACAGGGUCUCACUUUGUUGCCCAGGCUGGAGUGCAGUGGUGUAGUCACAGCUCACUGCAGCCUCAACCUCCUGGGCUCAAGCAAUCCUCCUGCCUCAGCUUCCUGAGAAGCUGGGACUAGAGGUGCACACCACCAUACCCUACUAAUUUUUUAUUUUUUCUAGAGAAAAGAUCUCGCUGUAUUCCCCAGUCUGGCCUCAAACUCAGUCUUAAGCUAUCUUUCUGACUUGACCUCUGAAAGCACUGGGAUUAAAGGCAUGAGCCACCAUGCCCAGCUUCCCAUUUUUAAAUCAAAUUAUUAGAUUUUUUUUUCUAUAGAGUUUUUUGAGCUUCUUAUAUAUUCUGGUUGUUAAUCCGUUAUCAGAUGGGUAGUUUGCAAAAAUUUUAUUUCUUUCUGUAGGUUGUCUCUUUACUUUCUUAACUGUGCAGAAGCUUUUUAACUUGAUAUUAUCUGAUUCAACCAUUUUUGCUUCAAUUGCUUGUGCUUGUGGAGUAUCACUCAAUAAACUUUGGCCCAGACCAAUGUCUUAGAGAGUUUCCCCAAUACUUUCUUGUAGUAGUUUCAUAGUUUGAGGUCUUAGGUUAAGUCUUUAAUUCAUUUUGAUGUAAUGUUUUCAUGUGGCAAGAGAUAGGGUAUAGUUUCAUUCUUCUGCAUAUGAAUAUCCAGUUUUCUAAGAAUCAUUUAUUGAAGAAACUACCUUUUCCCCCGUGUAUGUUCUUGGCACCUUUGUCAAAAAUGAGUUCACUAUAGGUUUGUAGAUUGGUUUCUGGGUUCUCUAUUCUCUUCUACUAGUUAAUGUGUCUGUUUUUAUGUCAGUACCAUGAUGUUUAGGUUACAAAAGCUCUGUACUAUAAUUCGAAGUCAAGUAAUGUGAUUCCUCCAGUUUUGUUCUUUUUGCUGAGGACGGCUUUGGCAAUUUUGGGUCUUUUCUGUUUCCAUAUAAAUUUUAGCGGUUUUUUUUUCAUUUCUGUGAAGAAUGUCAUUGGAAUUUUAAUAGUUAUUGCAUUGAAUCUGUAGAUUGCUUUGGGUAUGAUGGACAUUUUAACAAUACUGAUUCUUCCAAUUCAUUAACAUGAAAUAUCAUUCCAUUUUUUUGAUGUCCUCUUCAGUUCCUUUCAUCAUGACUUACAGUUUUCAUUGUAGAGAUCUUUCACUUCUUUAAUUUCUAGAUAUUUAAUUUUAUGUGUAGCUAUUAUAAAUGGGAUUACUGGUUUGAUUUCUUUUUCAGAUUGUUCACUGUUGGCAUGUAGAAAUGCUACUGAUUUGUGUAUGCUGAUUUCUGUAUCCUGCUAUUUUUUUAAUUUGUACUCAUUAUGCAGUUGAAACAGUGUUAUGAUUUGAUUCUUUUUCAAUCUCUCGCUUGCUUUUUAAAUACUAGUUAUUAUAAAUUUGAAGUUUAUUUCUACUCUUUCAUUUUUUUUACUUUCUUGUGUAUUUAAGGUUGUUACUUUCUUCCAUGUCAGUGUCCUUGUGUAGACAUUUAAUUCAUCUUUUUGUAAACUGAUACAGGUAUUUAGAGCAAUAUGUAUUCUGAAGUACUGCCUUUGGCAGCUUUCCAUAAUCUUGGAAUGUUGUAGCAACACUUACUAUUUAACAAAAAUAAAGAAAAUAUCUGUCUGGAUUUCAGCCCGGUCUCAAACAUUGCAUAUUUAUACAUCAAUAUGAGUUCGAUAUUAUAGCUACAGGUCUUCCUUCAGCUCACCUUGGAAAAAAAGCCUAAAAUUCACAGAUAUAUUCUUUUUUUUUUUUUGAAACAGGGUCUUGGUCUGUCUCCCAGACUGGAGUGCAGUUGGUUUAAUCUCAAGUUCACUGCAACCUCCACCUCCUGGGUUCAAAGGAUUCUUGUGCCUUAGCCCCUGAGUAUCUAGGGUUACAGGCAUGAGCCACCACGCAGGCUAAUUUUUUUAUUUUUAGUACACAUGGGGUUUCACCAUGUUGAACAGGAUAGUCUCAAACUCUUGGCCUCAUGUGAUCUGCCUCCCUCAGCCUCCCAGAGUGCUAGGAUUACAGGCAUGAGGCACUACAUGCAACCAUGUUCUCUUUAGGUUCCUUAUCUUCCAUAUGAAAUUAUAAAUUUUACCCUUUGCUUGAUUGUCCAUGCAUGGAAUCUGACCUACUAAAUAAUCUAGAAUUUCUGUAUUCCAGAUUCUUGUUAAUUAAAAUAAACUCUCAGCUGUCAAAUUCGUAAGUUUAGUUGCUAGAAAGAUGAACUGAAGGAUAUGCGGUCCAUUUCUAUCCAUUUACCCACCUAUUCCAUUUUAUGCUUAGACCAAUCCAGAUGGUUGAAGUUUUUUACCAAGACUACAUUGUUUCCUAGAUAGAGUCAUCUUUUCUGAUCUCCACUUUGAUACCAUACUUUGGCCUACAUCAACAUAUUUGUAAAGUUUCUUGUAAGAAAAGUUUAUUUUAAAGCCAUAAUUGUAUAAUGUUGUUGAUAAUAUUGUCUACACAGUGUCUCCAGAAAAGAUACUUUGCUCAUAUUCAGUACCUAAAACUGAUAUUGGUUAAAUCCUUCUUUCCUCUGGCUUCUGUGUUCAAAGGCAAACAUGUGGCUCACCUCUGUCAACCAUAGUUGACCUUAUGAUAACUAUUUUUGGUACUUGCUCUACCUCUAGUUUCAUCUCACUUUCUUACCCACCACCCCCUCACAUACACACACAGAUACAUUUCUAUAUAUUUUUAUUUUCUGUAUAUCUCUGUAAUUGCUUCAAAUUCUCUUGUGCAGUGAGAGUGGUAUAAAUAAAAACUAGAAUCAGAUAUACCUUGUAUUUCUUUUGUCAGGUAUAUCAAUUUGAAAGUAAUAUGGAAAGACCUUAGAGAGAGUGUAUUACAGUGAUUAAAAGAUGGAAACUGGCCAGGUGCAGGGGCUCAUGCCUAUAAUCCCAGCACUUUCAGAAACCGAGGCAGAUGGAUCACUUGAGGUCAAGAGUUCAAGACCAGCCUAGCCAACAUGGUGAAACCUCACUUCUACUAAGAAUACAAAAGUUAGCUGGGUGUGGUGGUGCAUGCCUGUAAUCCCACCUUCUCAGGAGGCUGAGGCAGGAGAACUGCCCAGGAAGCAGAGGUUGCAGUGAGCUGAGAUUGUACCACUGCACUCUAGCCUGAGCAACAGAGCGAGAAACAAACAAGCAAACAAACAAAAAUAUGGAAAUUUAGGAUCAGAGCAAUAAGGACGUAAAUUUCAGCUCUGCUGCUUAUUCGCUGUGUGAUCUUAGUCAAGUUGCAGUAUCUUUAAGCUUCACUUUCCUGAUCUGCAAAAUGGAGAUAAUGAUAGUGCUGUCAUGGGAUGCUAUGAGGAUAGGAACAGUACAUACCUUAUAAGGUUGUUGUAAGGAUUAAACUUAAAAAUACAUAAAGUACUUGGUAUAACGCCUAUCACUAAAAAAUUGCUUAUAAAUGUUAUUUAUUAUGUAUUCAUGUAAUUAGGACGUGUAGCCAAACUUCAGAGAGUUUCUGAACACAUUAAAAUGUUAGCAAAAUUUGACUGGAGAGGGGUCCUAUAUAAUAAUCAAAUUGUUAAAAGGAACAGUCACUGAAAAAAAAAAGAAUUACCGAAGAACAGGAUUCCCUGUUAGAAUAUUUUAACUUUGCUUAACUCUACGUGAUUUAUGUUCUACUCCAUUUUGAUUUUGAUAAGAUUUGAUGUGUCUGAUAGAUUACAUUUCAUCAAAUAUUUAAGUAGUUUUUCUUAGAAGUUUUUGGAACAAAUAUGAAAUGGCCUUUUUGGUGAGUAUUUUUGUUCUGAAAUCUCAUCUUUUGCUGCAAUCUCAGUUUUCCUUUAUUUGCAUUGAGAUGAUUCAAUACUGUCUUUUAACUUUUUGUCUAUUACUAACAUUUUAAGUGUGCCUCACUAACAUAGGCAAAGUUUUGUGAAGUUUAAUUAUUAAUGAAACCCCUUUAUAUAGGGUAACUCAAAUAGCUUCCAUUUAUUACCAUGAUUGUCAGUAUUUGUCUUUUUCUCUCUCAUUAAGUUUUUUUUUUUUUUUUUUUGCUGUUUGCUUUGCCUUCAUUUGUAGAAUUUUGGGGACACAUUUACUUUUUAUCAGAAUUAUAAAUCAAUAAAGUAAAUAAACUUACUUUUUAUCAGAAUUAUAACUUUUAACAUUAAAAUGUAUGCUAAUAGAGUUAUUUUUAUUCUAACAUUAUUUUCUAUUUCAGAAAAAAUAAAAGCAGUUAUAAGAAUAUAGAAAACAUGUUACUUUUAAAAGACAAAAUAAUUCAUCAGCAUAAAAAGGUUCAAACCAGUUAGAUGCGUAGUCCCUGAGAUAGCAAGUUGGGAUUCUUUGUAUGAAAGACCACUCAAAGAAUGUGUAGGAAUAAAAGUUAAGCUUUUAGGCUUAUAUAUCUGGCCAGGGACGUGUACAAUUUUAUAUCUGGAUAAGCGUGUAAAAGGAAUCAUUGGCACUCAAGAUCGGCUUGUCUGCCAGCACAGUCAGCCGUUUGCAAAUAAUACAUUUUCUCACUCCCUCCUGAAUUUCUAACAGUUUUAAUUAUUAUAUAAACCUUUCUGUUUUGUGUUCACUCAAUCCGUGAUCCUUACUAUUUAACAUACUGGGAUAGGAGACAGCAUCAACCUCUUUUAGAGAUACAGUAACAUUCAAUCUAAUAAUGUUUCUUAUCUUUCAUACAGGCCAAAUAAUACUAUAUGGCUAAUGCAAUGGUUUAUGGUAACGUAGGCCAUAAUUAAGAAACAGGCUAAAAUAUUAAUAUGUCUCUUCCAGCAUCUUGAAAUAGCACUUAACUAGAAUUUGGAGAGAGUGAUGGUAGAAAAAUUCAGAUCGCAUUAUUCCCUGUAAUAGAUAUGAUUGCCACCUUCCUAACAUUUUAAUAUGUAAUAUUUAAUUUCCUAAUACUGUAAUUUCUCUCUUGAGUUAUGGGAUUUACUUUAUCCUUCUUAAGCUGGGGAGCUUCUUUAGUUUGCUGCACUAGCUACUGUAAUUGUUGUACUCCAAGUCUUACUUCCUCUUAUGUUGCUGAGCUGACCCUGAAAACCUUGUCCCAUUUGAAAAAUCCCUACUUACACUUAGGUUUAUAUCUUCUAUCCUCUCAUAAGCCUAUGUAGUUUUCUUCUCUGUGCUUCUAACCAUUUUAAUGUAUGAUCUAGCAUUUUCAGAAUUUUUAAUUUUUCCAUGACCAGAUAGCCAACCCAGUAAAAGCCACAAUAUCAGGGUUAUAGGAGCCAGAGAUUGAGUGAGUUAACAGCGUGAAACCAUUUGUGAAAACUGUGUAGCCCUUAUAAUUAUCAAAACAUGUAUUUAAAUUUAUUAAUUAGUUCUACUUUGUUUUCUUGUUUUUAAUGCUGAGUUUGGCAUCCAAAUUUGAAAAUGAAAAUAGUAUUUGUAGGAUGACUUUAAAACAAUAAAAAAUACUUGCCGGAUUCUGUGUUUGGUAAUGGCUAAGAUUGCUCCUAAUGGACCAGCUUUCCACAGAUUAGCAAUCAUAAAUUCUGGACAAAGUAUAAAAAAGCACUGAAGGCAAAUGGAGAGCAACCACUUCAAAGAAGAAAAUGACACUGAGUGACUUUCCUGUUUUUUACAACUUCUAGCCUGAGAAAAGGUUCCAUCCUUGGGGCAGCCAAAACUUGAAGAGAAAUCCACUGUUAUAUUGGCUUGAAAAAUCAGAAGAUAAAAUUGUAGUCACUAUGGCAGUUGUAAAGGGAGUGGAAAAUCUUAAAAAGAAGACACCAAA